GGAGCUCACUUCCGAAACAGAGAAAGAGGGAUUAAGGGUUCUUGCCAUCUUCUCCAGUUAGGAUUUCCUCUGACAUGGGUCGAGUCAAUAUUUACAAACCUUUGGGCAAAAGAGCUGGUUCCAGGAGUAUUGGUGUCUCUCGAAAGAGACAAACUUCUUCUUCGGUAUCUCCCACUGAUGGAUCGAAGAAACGCUCGACGUUGCAGAUGGAUCUUGAGGUUCUUGAGUGUCCCAUUUGCUUCGAAACAAUGACUAUUCCUAUCUUCCAGUGUGAUAAUGGACAUUUGGCUUGUUCCUCUUGCUGUCCAAAACUGAGUAAAUGCCCAUCUUGUGCUUUGCCUAUUGGCCGCAUUCGAUGCAGAGCAAUGGAGAGUGUUCUUAGAUCAAUCUCUAUUCCAUGCCCAAACGCCAAGCUUGGUUGCACCAAGAAUGUCUCUUAUGGGUUAGAAUCAACUCAUGUAAAGGAAUGCAUCUUCUCUCGAUGCUCCUGCCCUGCAUUGGACUGCGAUUACACUGGCUCCUACAAAGAUAUCUGCCGGCACUAUUAUACUUAUAAUUCCGAUCCCGCUACCGUACACUUAUAUGAACCCUUAAUGUAUAAUAUAUCCUUUAAUGUUCGGAUGAACAUCAGUGAUAAGAUAAAAAUCUAUGUGGAUGAUAUAUCGGACAGAUUGUUUGCAGUGCAGUGUUUUAGGGAGCCGUACGGUGUGUGUGUAACUGUAAGCUGCAUUGCACCGUCUGCUCCAGAAUUGGGAAAGUUCUCUUAUCAUCUCUCCUACACUGUCGAUGGGGACACUAUGACUUACGAAUCAGCAGACCUGAAGAGGAUUCAUAAAGUGAGUUUUCAAACCCCUCUAGAGAAGUUCAUGUUGAUCCCUCACUCUGCAUUGCGUGGUGAAAUGUUGGAGAUGAAGCUUACCAUCAGGAAGGUCAAUCAAGUGUAACAAAAUAUGGUUUGAUAGGGAAAUUAAGAGACAUUUCGGUUGUGUGUUUGGCUUAUUUUUUUGUUUUUUAUUGUAUGUUGAAGAAUUUAUGUAGGCAGGACCUCCAAUCGUCUUUAAUUUAACGAUGUUGCUUCUUUGA